AACUAAAAAAUUAACCCUGAUGUCUUUCAGCUUCAGCUUGCCUACUCGACUAUCUAUCCAUCUCUCACAGACAAAGUCAAACACAAAACCGUCCGAUAUCCAAGAUCACCUUCUUCUUCUUCGUCGUCGGAGCCAGCCAAAUCACAGAGGCCGUUUUUGUAUCAGUCAGUACUCCGCCAUGGGACAAGUCCUUGACAAAUUACAAGGUAAGCAAUGGAGGCGACAGCAAAUCAGGAAGAUUACGGACAAGGUGUUUGAUCAUUUCAAAAACGAGAGAGGAACGGCAAAUUUGAGAUUCGAGGAUGUCUACAUUGGUGUACUGCUUGUGUACAAUGAUAUUAACAAGCGUUUACCUGGCCCACAUUUUGAUCCACCCUCUAAAGAUGCUGUCAGACUACUGAUUCAGGAACACGAUAUCAAUCUUGACGGAGAAAUUGACCGGGAAGAAUUUGCCAAGUUGAUCAAGCAGAUGACUGCCGACACAUUUGUUGUUAUCAGUCAGGGAAUGAUCGUCACAUUGGUUGCAGCACCAACAAUUGCAAUGGCGACAAAGAAGGCUACUGAGGGUGUACCCCAUGUUGGGAAGGUCGUGCAACGGAUACCCACUUCAGUUUAUGCAUCCCUUGUGACUCUUGUUGUCAUGAUGGUUCAGCAUGCAUGUCAGGAGCCCUAAAUUCUCAUAUAUGUGUUUAGCUAAGACCUUUUGGAAACACUUCAUAUAAGACCUUUUGGGUGAAGAGUUUGUGUAGCCAGUCAGAUAGUUGUGGCUGACAGAUAUCUAGAAGGAGAUUGGUGCUUGAACUUAAUACAAUAAUGCUGGUAUAAUGGUAUUGAUGUUUGGUUCUCUGGUUUGCAAA